AUGACUGAAAGAAGACUGUACCAUUCCCUGUACCAGAUGGCCCCUAAUGAUGUCCAUGAGUACAAUGGAUUGGUCAAGUUACUUUUGCAUUUCAAAUGGACAUGGGUUGGUCUCUUAACUAUGAAAUACAUUAUUGGAGAAAUGUUUUUGGAAGCAUUAGUUUCACAGCUUACCCUGAAUUACAUCUGUGUUGAUUUUAUACAUAGGAUAUGGACGUUGGCUUAUGGUGAAGGAAUGUCAGAUUUGCUCUUCAGUGAAUUUAAUAAAAUUUCAAUUGUCAUGAAAAGCAAAGCCAAUGUUUUUGUGGUCUUUGGUAAUUCCAUGGUGAUUGACAUUUUGAUCGGGUAUCUUCAUAUGGCACAACUUCCUAUGGGUAAAGUAUGGCUUGUGACAAGUCAUUGGGAUUUCAAAACCACCAAUGAAAGGAGGUGGAAUAUGCAGAAUUUUCAGGGUGCCUUAUCUAUAUCUCUACACUCAAAUGAACCCCUGGGAUUCAGAACAUUUCUUCAGAGUCUAAAUCCUUUUGAGGAAAAACAAAAUGAUUUGAUCAAGGAUUUCUGGGAAAAGACCUUCAAUUGCUCAUUGAAAAAUAAUAAUGUGGGUGAAGAGCCUAAGAAACGUUGCACGGGAGAGGAGAAAUUGGAGAGUCUUCCAUUACAAAUCUUUGAAAUGAGCAUGACUGGCAGCAGCUAUGCUGUGUACAAUGUUCCUCAUGCAGUGGCACAUGCUGUACAUGCUAUGUAUCAAUCUAGAUUCAAACAGAGAUCACAGGUGGCUAGAGUGGAUUUGCAGAAUCUGCACCCAUGGCAGCUCCAUCCCUUUCUAAAAUAUCUCACAUUCAACAACAGUGCUGGAGAGAAAGUACAGCUUAAUGAUAAUGGAGAAUUAAUGACAGGAUUUGAUGUGACCAACUGGGUAAUGUUUCCAAAUCAAUCUUUUGUCAGAGUCAAAAUUGGAAGGCUGGAUCUUCAAGCUGCUCCAGGCAAGGAGUUAACCAUUCAUGAUGAAAGCAUUGUGUGGCAUAGAACUUUUAACCAGAUUCUCCCCACUUCUCUGUGUAAUGACAAGUGCCAUCCUGGAUACAGCAGGAAAAAGAAGGAAGGGGAGCCUUUUUGCUGUUAUGAAUGUAUUCCUUGUCCAGAAGGGAAGAUUUCUAACCAGUCAGAUAUGGAUGUCUGCACCGAAUGUCCAGAAGAUCAAUAUUCAAACUUCCACCAGAACCAAUGCAUUCCCAAAGUCAUAACUUACCUUUCAUAUGAGGAACCUUUAGGCAUGAGUUUAGCUUUGUCGGCUCUUGCUCUUGCUAUGAUCACAGCUUUGGUGAUAAUAACAUUUGUGAAGCACCAGAACACACCCAUCGUCAAAGCCAACAACCGAAGUGUCACCUACAUUCUUCUCGUUUCCCUCCUACUGUGUUUCCUCUGCUGCUUGCUUUUUAUUGGAAAACCUGGACAGCUAAUUUGCUUACUCCAACAGACAACGUUUGGCAUCAUCUUUUCUCUUGCUCUUUCCAGCUUGUUAGCUAAAACCAUCACUGUGGUCCUGGCAUUUAUGGCUACUAGACCAGGAUCCAGAAUGAGGAAAUGGAUGGGGAAAAAGCUGACAAACUCUAUCAUGUUUUCAGGCUGCUUUAUUCAAGCAGGAAUUUGUACCCUUUGGUUGAGUAUUUCUCCCCCAUACCCAGAUACAGACAUGUACUCAGUGAAUGGGGAAAUCAUAGCAGAGUGCAAUGAAGGCUCAACUGUCAUGUUUUAUACUGUCUUGGGCUAUAUGUGCUUCCUGGCCAUUGUCAGCUUCACGGUGGCUUACCUUGCUAGGAGGUUGCCAGACACUUUCAAUGAAGCCAAAUUUAUCACUUUCAGCAUGAUGGUGUUCUGCAGUGUUUGGUUGUCCUUUGUUCCUGCCUACCUGAGCACCAAAGGGAAAUACAUGGUGGCUGUGGAGAUCUUCUCUAUCUUGUCCUCCAGUGCUGGGUUACUGGUUUGCAUCUUUUCCCCUAAAUGCUAUAUUCUUUUGUUCAGGGCUGACCUGAAUAACAGGGAGCAACUAAAAUCAGGAAAAGACUAAGUAAUAUGAGAAUUAAA